AUGCCUGUAAAUCCUCCAUCUGAUGAAUCUAGUCUGCGUAAAUCUCAUGAAUGUGACUUUUGUAAACAAUGGCAUCUUUCUAAAUAUGAGACACUUUUGAAAUGUUUAUCUAUAGAUACCAAACAGCCUGAUCCAUUUCACAAUCCUAGUUUAUAUGAGCCUUAUUGGUUUCUUGAUGAUCCCGGUUCUAAUAAUUCUGGAUAUUAUGAACUUCAAGGGGUUCUGAGUCAUCAGGGCAGGACAAGUACGAGUGGACAUUAUGUUGCCUGGGUGAAAAUACAAGGCAUGUGGUUCAAACUCGAUGAUGACGUUGUAAGCCAGGUAACUUCAGAUGACAUCUUACGCUUGUCUGGAGGUGGUGAUUGGCACUGUGCAUAUUUCCUACUGUAUGGACCUCGUUGUGUGAAGAAGGAAUCCAUGGAUUCGUGCGACCAACCUUCAGCUAAUACCGAAACGACAACCACAACCAAUGGAAGUUCAAAAAGCCUUGCAGACCAUUAAAACUCCCAUAAUUC